AUGUAUGCCCAGAGAGACCUUACUCACCAAAGAGCUCGUUAUCACGUCUAUGAUUGGUUCAAAAACGGUGUGAAAAGAGAUCCCUACACGACCAUUGUGUUUCGAGGCCAAGUCGACAAAAUGGCAUAUAUCUAUACAAACACUUCGACGAGUUGUACUUGUCAAAAGUUUGUUCCAGAUGGACCCAUUGUUUCGGAACAUUGUGUGGAAGUGUAUGGUGAUUCUGUGGUCAAUAAGACUCAAAUGGUGGGAGGAAUUACAAUGACCCGAGUGAUGACCAAUCAUAAAUAUACCGAGGACAAUUUCAUCGAGGAAUAUCAUACGUAUGUGAUAGAUACAGGAUUAGGGGAUCAUUCAUGUUGGGUCUUUUUAGAAACCUUUUUCAUUUCGUCCACGAGUUCAGAUGACAUGACUCGAUUCAGUGCCGUUCAGAGUUAUUAUGAUCAAUCUCCAAAAGUCGAUCCAAAUGCAUUUGUGGUGGAUGUGAAAUGUCCUCCACCAGAGAAGUGUGAGCUGAUUCAGAGCGAGAAGGAGAAGUUUGUGGUGUUGCGAGAGUUGAACAAGUUGGAACAUGGCCAUGCAUUUAGGGAACGAAGAAGGAAGAGAAAUUAA